GAAAAAGUGACAGUCUUUGAUAGUGAAGGAAAUGAAGAGAAACCUAAAUGAAAGUUCAACUCGAAGUACAGCAGGCUGUUUGCCUGUACCGUUGUUCAAUCAGAAAAAACGGAAUAGACAGCCAUUAACCUCCAAUCCACUUAAAAAUGAUCCAGGUAUCAGUACUGCUUCUGACAGUUAUGAUUUCCCUCCUCUACCAACAGAUUGGGCCUGGGACGCUGUGAAUCCAGAGUUGCCUCCUUUAACGAAAGCAAUGAACACAGGGCAAGCACCACAUUCAGUUUCUCAUCCCCUGAGAAAUCAAGAUUUUGUGUCUACGUCUAUUCAGUCAAAUACUGAAAGGAGCAAGAGUGAUUGGAGCUACAGAGAUGCCAACAAAAAUACUGGCUUGAAAACUUGGGAUAGAAAUGAUUUUAAGCCUCAAUGUAGAAGAACAAACCUAAUGGAAAAUGAUGGGAUAAAUUCUUGUCCAGUGAGAUUGGGAGCUCAACAACAGAAACAGUUAAGAAUAUCUGAACCUCCUAACUUAUCUCACAAAAGAGAAACUGAAGCACUCAGACAAACACAUUCAUCAAGAAAAUCAGGCUCCACAAUGAGAGGUCUAGACCAAAACAGUGCAUUACAGGCAUUUAAGCCCAAUUUUCAACAAAAUCAAGUUAAGAAGAAGAUGUUGGAUGAUAUUCCAGAAGAAAAUACUCUCAAGGAAACCACAUUAUAUCAGUUAAAGCUUAAGGAAAAAGAUAAUUCUUUAAGAAUUGUAUCUGCAGUUAUUGAAAGCAUGAAGUACUGGCGUGAACAUGCACAGAAAACUGUACUUCUUUUUGAAAUAUUGGCUGUUCUCGAUUCAGCUGUUACAUCUGGGCCAUAUUAUUCAAAGACUUUUCUUCUGAGAGAUGGGAAAAAUACUCUGCCUUGUAUAUUUUAUGAAAUAGAUCGUGAACUUCCAAAACUGAUUAGAGGUCGAGUUCAUAGAUGUGUUGGAAACUAUGACCAGAAAAAGAAUAUUUUCAAAUGUGUUUCUGUCAGACCGGCAUCUGUUUCUGAACAAAAAACGUUCCAAGCAUUUAUUAAAACUGUAGAUGCUGAGAUGAGGUAUUAUACUAAUGUAAUGAAUGAAAUUUAA